UUCUUCUCUCUCUCGAAACCUCUUUCCAUUAAUAUCAUUUUUUUAGCUCGAUCUUCGUCUUCUUCAAUCUUUUUGUUAUAAUAAAAAUAUUACCAGACUAAAUUAUUAAAUCGAUCUCUGUAAUUUUUAAUCUCAAUUUAAAGUUAAUUAAUAAUUCAAGAUCAAGAAAUCGAGGUGAUUCUGUGUUUGUUGUGGAGGUGAAGAAUGCUAUAUUUGAAGCAGCCGAGCUUCAAUUUGCGUAAAAGAUGCAACGGCGACGUUUUUGUUUGUUUUGAAGCAUAAAAUUUGUUGCUCUUUUAAUUUUCUCUGCGAGGAAUUGCAUGUUAUUGUGAGAAAUUCCCUGAGCCUGGGGCUCGGGGACAGCGAGAUCUAGAAUUGAGCUAGGAAACAGAAAAUUUUAAAAAAAUAGUAAUAAUUAAGGAAGUGUUUGAUUAAUUUAAAGAGAGAAAUGACGUCGACGGAGAAUGGCAGCGGUGACGGCGGAGGCGCUGGUUGUUCGUCAGCAUCUCCGGAUAGGAUUUAUGACGGCGAGAAGCUGGUUCGUUCUGAUGAGCAAGUCUAUAUGCAGAAAUUCAGGCUCUACGAGACUCGAUCAAAUUUUUAUAUGGUAGGGUGGGAUAAGAGCCGGACAUAUUGGAGAGUGUUAAAGAUUGACAGACAAGACAUUUCUGAGCUAAAUGUUCGUGAAGAUUCUACCUCUUAUACGGAAAUUGAAUGUAGUGACCUUUUAAAACGAAUUAAUGAAGGAAACAAAGCCAUUGGUGGAUUAAAGCUUGUCACUAAAUGUUAUGGAAUUGUUGGCUUUAUCAAAUUUCUAGGGCCAUAUUACAUGGUUAUUAUUACAAAGAGAAGACGGAUUGGUACAAUAUGCGGUCAUGAUAUUUAUGCAGUCUCUAAGAGCGAGAUGAUUCCACUGCCUAAUUCUGCUGUUCAUUCCAGAAUCUCUAAUGCUAGGAAUGAGAACAGAUACAAGAAGCUCCUAUGCACAGUGGACCUAACAAAGGACUUCUUUUUUAGCUACUCAUACCAAGUUAUGCGCAGUCUUCAAAAGAAUUUGUGUAAUAAAGAAACAGGUCCGGUCCUUUAUGAAACUAUGUUUGUAUGGAAUGAGUUUUUGACCCGUGGUGUACGAAAUCACCUUCAAAAUACUCACUGGACAGUUGCAUUAGUAUAUGGCUCUUUUAAACAGGCUACACUUUCUGUAUCUGGACGGGACUUCAAACUCACCCUUAUUGCAAGACGUUCACGCCAUUUUGCUGGUACAAGGUACCUGAAACGUGGUGUCAAUGAGAAGGGCAGAGUGGCUAAUGAUGUCGAGACAGAACAGAUUGUAUUUGAGGAAGUUCCUGAAGGGUUUCCCCUCCAAAUAAGUUCGGUUGUCCAAAACCGUGGUUCCAUACCACUAUUUUGGUCACAGGAAACAUCACGUUUGAAUAUCAAACCAGAUAUUAUAUUGUCUAAGAAGGACCAAACUUAUGAAGCAACAAGACUUCAUUUUGAGAAUCUUGGCAAGAGAUAUGGAAACCCUAUCAUUAUUUUGAACCUAAUUAAGACACGGGAGAAGAAGCCGCGGGAGUCGAUUCUACGUGCAGAGUUUGCCAAUGCUAUUGAUCAUAUCAAUAAAGAUUUGGCUGAGGAGAACCAAUUAAGGUUCCUUCACUGGGAUCUACACAAGCAUUCUCGAAACAAAGCAACAAAUGUUCUGUUACUCCUGGGAAAAGUGGCUACAUAUGCUCUGACAUUGACAGGUUUCUUUUACUGUCAAGUAACACCAGCCUUGAGCCUUGAAGGGUGUAUAGACUGGCCUCUCUUGGAGAAUUCUGAGAAUGGCCAUCUAACUCCCCAGAAUACAUGCGGGAAUUAUGAUGAGGAUGCUAAUGACUUAGAGAAGAAACUCAAUGGUGGUAAUGGUGUUGCAAAUGGAAAUCAUUCUGUCAAACGUCCAAUGCUCCAAAAAGGUGUGCUCAGGACCAAUUGCAUAGACUGUUUAGAUCGUACAAAUGUUGCACAGUAUGCAUAUGGAUUGGCUGCACUUGGACAUCAACUUCAUGCACUAGAAAUAGUAGACACACCAAAGAUAGACCUUGAUGAACCUUUGGCAGAUGAAUUGAUGGGAUUUUAUGAAAGAAUGGGUGACACAUUAGCUCAUCAAUAUGGUGGAUCAGCUGCACAUAACAAGAUAUUCUCUGAGAGACGGGGUCAAUGGAGAGCAGCAACCCAGUCCCAGGAAUUUUUCAGAACUCUACAGCGGUAUUACAGCAAUGCUUACAUGGAUGCUGAAAAACAAGAUGCUAUCAAUAUAUUCUUGGGGCACUUCCAACCCCAACAAGGUAAACCUGCUCUUUGGGAACUGGAUUCAGACCAGCACUACAGUGUGGGAAGGAACGGGCAAACAUACAUGGAUGAAGAUGGAAGGUCGUUUUUCAAAAGGUGCAUGUCAGAUGGAAAUAUUAUUCGUGACAGCAGUUCGCCUAUAUCAGCCACACAUAUCAAGCAGAAGAAGUUUUCCACUUCCGUUCUGCCAGAUAAAUGGGAAGCAGAAAACAGCAUCCUAUCUGAGUCAUCACCAGAGAUAUCAACUUGUGAAAGUGGCAUAGCAUAUUCCAGGUACACCCCCACAAUGCCUCGCAGACAGCUAUUUGGGAAUGUGGAAAGAGACAGAUAUCUUGGACUUGAUCAUAUAUACUUUUCUGAGGACACAUAUAAUUGCUCCAACUUUGUGGACUUGGACUGGCUGUCUUCCUCAGGAACUUCAUGUGAAGAAGAGCCAUUUGAGAGGUCAUCUGCGCUUAUGGGCUCUCCAAUUGCUGGGUUGUCAUCUGAGAAUGUUGUCAAUGGCAUAAUGAGUGAAUCAACCCCGUCCACUAGUGAAUGUGGAUCCAGUAUGAAGGGAAGGCAACAGAUGGGAACAGAGCUUUUUGUGCUGGAUAAUCCACAGAAUUCCCGCGUUCUCGAGGAAUACUCGGAUAGCUUUGUGGAAUGGGUAACAUAUGGAGAAACACUCUGCUACUGAAGUUUAGCUCAUUUCCCCAUGGAUUACCGACUUUUUUCGUUCCCUCAAUUACCCCGACCUGCUUACAGAAUGUUCUGAUCGUACUCGAGAGAGGUUACUAGAGAGAAAACUAAAACAUAUGCUCUGGCAGUCCCUUGCAUAAUACAUACGAGAAGAUAUCACCUUAGCGAAAUCUCGAGGGACCACAUUCCGGACGUAUAAUGAGAGUACAUAAUGAAAUGGUUUAAGUGAAAGAUAAAAACAAAAUUUUUCCGGAGCUCUUCCUUUCGAUCUUCCCUGUACUAGUUAUCUGCUUCUUAGGUUCGAUCUUUGUAAAUAUAAUUUAUAUCCCCGUGCCGCUCUUAGAAGAGUUAUUCUUUGUUUGCCCCUCAUGUUUAUCUAUGGUGAAGUGUGAUACUAACGGUUUGGAGGAAAUACCUACAAUUAUAGGACUGAUGUUCUCUUUAAGCUUCGAUUUGCUGGUUCUUCAAUUACGAGUUGUUCAAACCUCAGAGAUGCAGCGGCUAGUGUUUUCUUGGAGAUAUGAUUGCUAUUGGUUGUUUGAGAUAUGAGAAAGUAUGAUAGUUUAGCAGUAGGGUUGCUUUUGAAAUUUAUGUUAGCACUGGUAAAAGCUAGAUAGUCUCUUGUGUAGUUCAUUGUACCAUAAGGUAUUUUAACAAAGUUCAGCUUGUCACUGUUUAUUUUCCAUUUGAAGUAUAAGAUUUAUUUUUCAGCCA